GUUCGUAUUUGCCUUUCAUCCAGAGAAGUCGUCUUCUGUAGUCGCUCCUCAAGCCAUCAGACAGACACAAUAGCACAUUACACUAGUGCAGUAUAAUAGUGUAUGUCAAUCAAAAUGAGUGAACAAAGGAAAGAUUCUGCUUCGGCCAUAGUGGUGAUCGACUUUAGUGGUAUCUCAAUCCGGCCAUCUGUUCGGGAAGUGGAACAAUUGUUAUUAAAAAAAAUGAAUAUCGACCUUGGAAUGGUCACGACUAUUCAAUUUCAACACGUGAAAGACGUUGUUCUUGUGUCGUUUCGAGCAUUGUCCGACGCAACACGAUUCAUCGAAAAAAAUAAUUUAAGACAUGUCAUCGAACACGAGAACGUCAAGUACACGAUCCCCGUAUACCUCGAUGACAAAGCAACCAAUGUACGCAUACAUGAUCUAUCGAAGGACACUACACUCCAAUACAUUAAAACGCACAUGGCACAGUAUGGAGAAGUGAUUUCGGGGAAAAAGGAAUCCUGGAAGAAUUUCUUUCGUGGCAUCGACAAUGGAGUUUGGCUGGUGCGAAUGCGUCUAAAAAAGCCUAUACCAUCAUACGUCGAGCUAGCACAAGGUACUAUUCACAGUCAAAAGUCACUUUGCACAUACGAAGGGCAAAUUGUUACUUGCAAAUACUGCCACCAAACUGUGCAUUACGGAAAGUCAUGUGCAGAGGCAGCAACAGAAAAUAAAACUGCACCCGAAAGCAAUCAACAUUCAGAAUCCAUGCCAUCAACACCAUCAGUAGAACCUCAAACUUGCACUCAACCUGAAAAACCUACUCAACAACCAACGAAAAGCCAGCAAACAACAGAUACAUCCAGUAUUGCGAAACCAACAUCCAGUGAUUACAAGACUACAACAACCAAAGAAGGAAUAAAACUUGCUUCAAACGGAACACACUGCUACCUCGUAUCAAAUAAUGACAGCGAUGACAAAAUGGAAGAGGACGGAUGCGAGCUGAGCGACCCACAGACAUCUGCUAAAGAUUCCCCGCCUAGGAAAAAAAUCUCCACGCGCAAUGGUAAAUUGCACGCGCGAGAUUUAAAAGACCAUCAUUAAAUUAGCGUUUUUUGAAUAUUUAAAUACUAUUAUAAAUAUAUAAAAGACCCAUGGCUCGGUCAAGCUAACGCAAUGAGCCGUGUCAAAUAAACGGAAUAAAAA